CCUAAAACCAAGUGGGACAUGUGACGACGGUAGGACCUUCGUAGGACUUGAACUGUCAACUGAUGAAUGUCGUGCCGCCUGCCGGAAUGUGGCUCAGCUCGAGGCGCUGCCGUUUCUUGGCCGAUUACGAGCCAAUAGCAGCUCGAAGAACCCAGUUUCCGAUUGGGCGGUUGGGGCGGUGGGAAGUGGCUCCACCCUGUGUCAGCCGCAGCGAUGAUGCGAAUUUGUUUCGGUUCAGCAACUUUCCGUCCACUGACAAACCACCUUGGACAGCUUGCACCGGAUCGAGCAUUUCACGAGUAUGGAAGAUUCGGAAUGAUGAUUCCACAGAGAUGGCUAACAUGGAAGGUUACACUACGCUGCUUCUCAUCUUUAGGUCCCGUUGCGGCUCUGUCCGAUGGCAUGUCUCAGAACUGGCGUUGCGGGGCCCCAAUGACCGGCCGCCUGUCAGAAGUCAACCACGUGCUGACAGCAUGCUACGGAUGCAAGAUGUAUGCCGUUUCCUGACGACUACCUAAGCCUAGGACUCGAACUCUUUUAUCACCUCUGCCGGGGACUACGGACGCACCAAGUACAUAUUCAGAUCUAGGCACACCGACUUUUUAAGUGUCGGAGCUUGUUGUCGGCCUGAAUCGCCCAUUGAUUCGUAUCGAGCCUGUCAUCAUCGAAAAUGCAUGGCAGCUGGCCAGUGGAUGGUG